AUAGUAUCGAACGACCGAAUCCCGCUUGUUCGCAACGAUUCGAUCAUCUUGUUCGCUCUCGCUGCCGCCUCGACCGGUUUGAAGUGACCAAAUACAAUUUGAAUGGUUUAAGAUUUGCAUGACUGGCCACGGAAAAGGAAUGGGAAUGUUGUUAUAAUUAUUCUAUGGUAUUGAGAUAUGACAUCGUUGUAGAUGGUAGAUUUGCUUAUGUGUUGAAUUGAAUAUUGAAUGAAAUAUUUAUUUCCACACAGGUAUUUAAUUUAAACAAAGUAAUGUAUUACUGGUAAAACCCAAUACAAGCACCUAUUUUGAUAAAAUCAUGAUUCAAUAAAAAGCAGAACACAGCUAAAUAUUAUACUAACUAGAACAGAAAACACAACAUAUAGACACAACAAUAAUUCAAAUUCAAAUGAAUCUGAAUCGGUCGUUCCAACUGUUCGGAUUCAGUGGUUAUUGCCGUUAUGUUGGCAUCAAAAAGUAUCGAAAUGAAUAUUGAUUGACAUGAUUCGGUCCUUUUCAAAAUCGGUCACUGAUUGAUUCGGUCCUCGUAAAAUGAACGAUUGACACAACACUAACUCCUACAGCUUAGUUUAGACCGGGGAGAAGUCCCAAUACUUUAAGCCUGCUUAGCAUUCUGUGUUUUGUGGUGUAGAUGUAAACUACAGAUUCCCCCAUAAUGUAAACAUACUUUAAAAAAUAUUAAAAUAGUAUUGAAAAAUACUAAAAUUGUCCGAAGUGUUUGGCAUUUUGAUGGCAGUUAAUUCAGAAAUUUUAUGUAUAGGUUAAAGAAUUUUGGGAAUAGGUUUAUGCUUGAUGCAGUACUCAGCUCGUGGAUAUUUAGCUUAACAUGGAAAAACCUUUAGAAAUUUUGGAUUAUUCUCACCAGAAAUUAAAAAAGCUAAAUAAACCCUCCCCAAAGGAAUUGGAAGUGGUGGAACUUAUACUGGAUGACAAUGAGUUACAACGUUUAGAUAAUAUCGACUCUUACAUAAAACUUCAAAAGCUAUCAGCUUGCCGUAAUCAGUUGCUUCGAAUGUAUGGGGUGUGCAGACUGCAUAAUUUACACACUCUAAACUUGGCUUAUAAUGGAAUUUUGAUGAUUGAAGGUUUAAAAGAUCUUACUGGUUUAAAGUGGUUGUGCCUUGCUGGGAAUAGCAUCAAGACCAUCGAACAUUUAAAUACUAACAUAUGUAUGGAAUAUUUGGAUUUAUCAGAAAACAGUAUAACCCAUAUUAGCGAUCUCUCUUUUCUUAAAAAUCUCAAGGAACUUUUUUUAAAUAAGAAUAAGAUUAACCAUUUGGGACAAUGUGAUCGCUUUUUACCAGCCAGCUUAACAACACUAACUUUAGCUAACAAUAAUAUUUCCGAUUUAAAUGAAAUAUCAAGAUUGUCACAUCUCGUUAAUUUAACAAAAAUUUCUAUUUGUAAUAAUCCUUGUGUUAAUAUGACAGGAGGCAACAUUGGUUUCGAUUACCGUCCAUUUGUAAUAAACUGGUGCUUAAAUGUCAAUGUUAUAGACGACUAUGUUGUAGAUGCAAUCGAAAGUUUGCGGGCCGAGUGGCUUUAUUCUCAAGGCAGAGGUAGGCAUUUUAGAAUUGGAGAUCAAAAAGAGUUGACUCAGUAUUUAGCUGCCGUGUGCCCUUUAACAGGCGAGACUUUGGAAACCGAGGAAGAUCGAAAACUGAGGCUAAUAUUAAGCAAGGCACAACACCACCAGCAGCAACUAAGGGAACAAUCAUCAAACAAUACUCCGCAACCCUCGCCUGCAACCAAAAAGAAAUUACAGCAAAAUAAAAAUUCUCCGCGGAUUAAUACUCUCAGACAAAACAAGAGAAAUAAGUCUCCAGAUCGAAUGGUCACAAGUUACUAUGGUUCAGUUGGUGGUGACAAUUAUAGCCAGUCUAUCAUGUCACAAAGUUUAGAUCCCACUUUGCUAAGACAAAGUAUAAUGUCUCAAGGCAUGUCAAAGAGUAUGCAGGAAUCAGUCAAUAAUUAUUGCAAUACACCUGACAAAUAUUCGGAAAUUGAGGCCGUAAACAGUCCUCUUCAAGCUCUUUCUAAGAUGGUGCCAGUGCCAGAAAAUCUAAUGAGUCCAGACUAUAAGCCACCUUCGCUUAUAGGAAAAACCAUUUCGACUCAACAUAGUAUGCCAAUGAACAGAGUGAGUUCCGGUAAAGAUUUACCUGUAGUUCGGUCACCAAAAUCCGUUCGGGCUUCUUCGGCCGCAACUACCAGAAAUCAGACUAAUAACGACUUUUCAAGAAAAGUUGGAGGUUCACCUUCUCCUUGCAGACAAAAGAAAAUCGCCAAUUUGAAUUCAAACAAACAAGAAGUGUCUAAAAAAAGUUCUAUAUUGCGUAGAAAAUCCCCAAGUAGCGAAGAUGAAUCUGAAAUAUGCGAUUCAAAGUUACACAUGAUCCAAAUGAAGGUCCAGGAAAGAAAGCAACAAAGAGAUUCGGAAAUACUAAACAGUAGUAGCAAUGAAGAAAAAGUUGAACGGGCUGCUAUAUGUAUACAGAAAGUUUGGAGGGGAUAUUAUACCAGGAACAAAGACAAAGAGGUUCAGGAAAUGUUUCGAACACUCCAAAAUCAGAGGGCAAGUCAAUAUAUUCAAAAACUAGCUUCAGAUAUGGAAACUACCAAGGCGGCAUUAGAAAGUGAAAGAAAAAUCCAAAUGUUACAAACUGAAGCGAUUAGCGCUCUGUGGAAAAAGAUAUCCUCACUUCAGAUGGGAAGUAGUGAAGCAAACCCGCCCGGCAAUAUAAACAUGACAAAUCUGUCUGAAACGAAUGCAGAGGUGAUCAAGGGCCUGGCCCAGACAUGCUCUCUGUUACAAAAUCAGAUUCAGCAAUUACAAGUCUCAAUGCAGGACAUUGUUAAGGUGAUGACUGUGUUUAGUCACAGCGCAGGCAUGAGCGGGCACUUAAAAGAGAAUGGAAUUGCUACUCAAACAGAAAUUGUUGCUGUCCACACCCCGCAGGGAGAGAAUGGUAAGAAUUUCCCUUUUCAAAAAAGUCAAAGUCCGCAGCUGCAGCAGUCCCGUCCAUCUUCGCUACCAUUACCUGUGAACCAACGCAGGAAAGAUAAUCUUCAAAGUGGUGGUGUCAAUCAAGAACUAAAGCAGUUUGCCGGUAGUUUAAUUGAGGAUGUAAUAAAAACGGUGUCUGAAACGAAAAGUGAUGGUUUUGAAAAUGGAGACAACAGCAUUGGCAUUAGAGUAAAUGAAGAUGUCGGAUCGAACCAAGGAUUCGAGGAAGGUAUUAAUACAACCUAGCGAGCGGGAUUUAGAUCAGCAAGAUUAAUGUAAGGUUUUGUGCGAAAAGUACUUUUUUGCAGCUGAUGUGUUGUGAAGAACAAAUUGGCUUUUAGUUUUAUUGAAAAUUGCACAUGUUUGAUUAAGCAAACUAAAUAUGAUUGUCGCAACGGAGAGAUUUUUACUUCAGAUUAGUGGUUAAAUUAUGCAAAGGUUUAUGUGUAAAAUUUUUGCUAUAAGACUAAUUUCGUUAAGUCACAAAACCAGUCAAAUUAUUAAAACAUUCUUUGUUUAAGCAGUCAGCAGUGGAAAUUUGAAAUACCUUGUGUGAAAACAGAGCAAUGAUACUGUCACACGUACAUUCUAAAUGCUAAAUCGCUUUUCAGAUUCAUGUUAGAUAUUAAAUGUUUAAUUGUUAAUACUCUCCUAUUUAGUUAGAAAUUGUUAAACUAAAGCUGUUUUGUUAAAUGGCCGCUUAGUAAUGUUAUAAUUAGUGUAUUUGUAGUAGUUUUUUGGGGGAUACACUUUUAUAUAUUUUCACAGAAACUUGUAAUGGUCAAAGUGCAACUUUAUUAAAAUAAUUUAUAUAUUUUUAUGCAAUGUGACAUUGUUAUCAUUUUUUAGGUAUUUAUUAAUAAAAUGCUUUUCAAAAGACAGAA